AUGGGGAUUGUAGCUCUCACUGUCUGUCUACUGCUCGCUAAAGGAAUGAUCCCAGUCACUGCAGAGACCAAUGAUCAGCAUUCACAACCAUUCCCUGUAAUUGAACUCUUCGAAACAACAUCUCCUGGUGUUUCAGCAAUGCCAGAAAACUCUAAAUCUAACAACUCUAGCCAUGUAUUUCAAGGUCCGGGCAAGAAAACAUCACUCCCUCCAAUGUGUUUACAUUCUGCUGGAAUUAGAGGCACAUUCAAGUAUAUAAAUACUGUAGUGUCCUUCCUAGUGUUUACAGUUGGUAUAGUGGGAAAUUCAGCCUUAUUGAAAAUCAUUCAUGAAAACAAAUGUAUGAGAAGUGGACCUAACAUACUCAUUGCCAGCCUUGCUUUAGGAGACCUAAUGCACAUUCUGAUAGAUAUCCCAGUCAAUACUUACAGGCUGAUAGCUGAGGACUGGCCAUUUGGUUUGGUGCUUUGUAAACUAGUGCCUUUUAUACAGAAAACCUGCGUUGGAAUUACUGUGUUGAGCUUGUGUGCUUUGAGCAUUGACAGAUAUCGAGCCGUGGCAUCCUGGAAUCAAAUCAAAGGCAUUGGAGUGUCUAUGUGGACAGCAAUAGAAAUAAUUUUGAUAUGGGUUGUAUCAACCAUCCUGGCUGUGCCUGAAGUUGUUGGCUUUGAUAUGAUAACAAUGGACUAUAAAGGACAGCAUCUGAGAAUCUGCCUGCUUCAUCCCAUGCAGACAACACAGUUCAUGCAGUUUUACAAAGUAGUCAAAGACUGGUGGCUCUUUGGAUUCUACUUCUGCAUGCCUCUGGCAUGCACAGCCAUUUUCUAUGCAAUGAUGAGCAGGAAAAUACUGAAGAAGACAGACAAUACAAUCAACGACCAUACCAAACAGAGACGAGAAGUGGCAAGGACCGUCUUCUGCCUGGUGGUUGUGUUUGCUGUGUGUUGGUUCCCUCUGUACCUCAGCAGAAUCCUAAAACGAACCAUAUAUGAUGCAAAGGAUCCCAACAGGUGUCAGUUAUUGAGUUUCUUUCUUGUCCUGGACUACAUCGGCAUCAAUAUGGCAUCAAUGAACUCAUGCAUCAACCCUAUCGCUUUGUACGUGGUCAGCAAAAAGUUCCAAACUUGUUUCAAGGCAUGUCUGUGCUGUUGGUGCACACCACCUGGACUAGUGAUGCAUGAUGAGGUGCAGUCUAUCAUGAAGUCUAAGGUGCAUGAGCCAGGCUCUGAGAACGGCAACGACAAAGCACAGAGAACACUGGAAUGUUUGACAUGA